AUGGGUCGCCUUCCGCAAACCAUGCGCUCCCUUGUGGCGCCCAAACACUGUUCCCCGGCUGGCUUCGAGGUGGCCGAAGUACCCCUCCCAACUUUCACGCACCCCAACGAAGUGAUGAUCGAGAUUCACGCCGGCUCCAUCAUGAAAGGAGACUGUCAGCGGGCUGCCGGCAUUCCCAUAAUCGGCCCAAAAGAGGUUUUCCCCUUGGGAAUCGGCAUCGAUGGAUCCGGUAUCGUUGUCGCCACCGGAUCCGAUGUCAAGAGAUUUAAAGUAGGCGAUGCGGUCUACGGACAUGGUUUCAGCCGACCGGCUUUCAGCGGCCGUGUACCGGGGUUCUGUUCCGAGUACGCCAUCACGAAAGAGAACAUGCUUCUUCCUAAACCAUCCCAUCUCAGUUUCGAAGAGGCUGCCUCGCUCUCCGGGUAUACCGUCACGGCGUAUCAGACCAUCAGACGCGGCCUCGAGGUCGCCGGAGAGGACAGCCUCGAAGGCAAGACCGUCUACAUCCCCGCUGCUCUCAGCGGCGGUGGCUUCAGUGCGAUUCAGGUAGCCAGGAACGUAUUCGGCGCAACUCGCAUCAUCUCCACCGUCUCAACCCCAAAGAUGGCUCUCGUCGAGCAGUAUCUCCCCGGCAUGGUGGAUCAGCUCAUCGACUACACGACGACCAACUUGGUUGACGCCGUGCCCCGAGGCAGCGUGGACUUCAUGGUCAACACACAGUGGAACACGAUGAGGCCCGCUAUACCGCUUCUCAAACCCAAGACGGGCAUCAUCAUGUCCAUCUCAUCGAUACCCUCGUCUGCCCUCAUGAGAGAAGUUGUCGGGCCCAACAUGGUCCCAUUUUGGUUCGGUUGGUUGUUGGACUUGGUCCAGCUUUGGUACGCCUUUAUUCUCCGUGGUACCGGAAUCCAUCACGAGGCCGUGUCUGGCAAUCCGGGACCCAGGGAAGACUUUGAGAAGGUAGGAGAGAUGAUUGCCACCGGCAAGGUCAAGGCCGUCUUCCGCGCGGUCGAUCUCUCGGAUAUCGAUUCAAUUAGGCAGGAAUGCGCAAAGGUAGACAAGGGCAAAGGUGGAAUCGGUAGACUUGUUAUUAGGGUCAAAGCCUGA